AAUGCGGUAGGCGGGGCUGCAAGGCUCGUGUCAAACUUUGGGAAUGACAGGAGUGCUGCAGGAUUCUCAAAGAAGGGGAAGUGUCGCCCUCCUGUUUGGAUUACUUCUUUUUACGCACAGUGUAUGGGAUUGACCACAUUUUCUGCAGAUAGUAGACGGCCCCCCAGCACACUCCUCAGCCAUGUCCGAGGACCAGAGCCCCCAAACCUGGUCCAUCAACAAAGAUGACUAUGAGCUUCACGAGGUGAUUGGGAGUGGGGCCACAGCAGUGGUUCAGGCAGCGUACUGUUUACCACGCAAGGAGAAGGUGGCCAUCAAACGUAUUAACCUCGAGAAGUGCCAGACGAGCAUGGACGAACUCCUGAAAGAGAUCCAGGCCAUGAGCCAGUGCCACCACCCCAACAUUGUGUCUUACUACACCUCCUUCGUGGUGAAGGAUGAGCUGUGGCUGGUCAUGAAGCUGCUCGGAGGCUCCGUUCUGGACGUGAUAAAGCACAUCAUCUCGCGGGGCGAACACAAGUCGGGCGUCCUGGACGAGGCCAGCAUCGCCACGGUGCUGAGGGACGUUCUGGAGGGUCUGGAGUACCUGCACAAGAACGGGCAGGUCCACAGAGAUGUUAAGGCUGGAAACAUUCUCCUCGGAGACGACGGUUCAGUGCAAAUUGCAGAUUUUGGCGUCAGUGCCUUUCUAGCAACAGGUGGUGACAUGACUAGGAAUAAAGUGCGCAAGACGUUUGUGGGAACGCCGUGCUGGAUGGCCCCCGAGGUCAUGGAGCAGGUGAGGGGUUACGACUUCAAAGCAGAUAUCUGGAGUUUCGGCAUCACAGCCAUCGAGCUUGCCACGGGGGCCGCACCUUAUCACAAAUACCCUCCGAUGAAGGUCUUGAUGCUGACGCUGCAGAACGACCCCCCCGCUCUGGAGACCGGCGUCACGGACAAAGAGAUGGUGAAGAAAUACGGCAAAUCCUUCAGGAAGAUGAUCUCCAUGUGUCUACAGAAGGACCCGGAGAAAAGGCCGACUUCCAUAGAGCUGUUGAAGCAUAAAUUCUUUCAGAAAGCAAAGACUCAUGAAUAUCUACACGACAGGUUGCUGCAGAGAGCGCCCACAAUAACAGAGAGGUCGAAGAGGGUACGCAGAGUUCCAGGCUCAAGCGGUCGGCUUCAUAAAACGGAGGAUGGAGAGUGGGAGUGGAGCGACGACGAGCUGGACGAAGAGAGUGAAGAGGGCCAAGCAGCCAUCGCUGCCUUAAGGGAGAAGCAGGUGAAGCCUGUUAGUGCCACCAGGCGACAAGUGCGCUUCACCCUCCCUCUGGAGCUGCCCACACACAGGUCUCCCAGAGUGAAGGAGGGCUCGCAGAACUCGGAGCAGUCCUUCCAGACUCCAGAGCCGUUAAGCAGUCUGCCCCCCCCGCUAACCCCAGGUCAGGCAGAUCUACCUCAGGCUGCUCCACUGCAGCCCCCCACCCAGGCUACGUCUCCCACCACUGCUUCUCUCUCACAGGUGCCAGCCGCCUCAGGAGGCGUCAACUCUCCCAUUAGUUUGGUAUUAAGGUUAAGGAAUUCAAAGAAGGAGCUAAAUGACAUUCGCUUUGAGUUCAUGCCAGGCAGAGACACAGCAGACGGUGUUUCCCAGGAGCUGGUGUCCGCAGGCCUGGUGGACGGGAGGGACUUAGUAAUAGUUGCUGCCAAUUUGCAGAAAAUAGUUGACGAACCUCAAGCCAAUAAAAAUGUCACUUUCAAACUGGCGUCUGGAACCGAGGGAUCUGAACUCCCGGACGAUGUCAAACUGAUGGGCUUCGCUCAGCUCAGCAUCAGCUAAACUGUCGAACUACCUGGGACCGUGACUUGCCUAAAAAAUGUGAAAAUAAAAAAUAAAAUAGUUAUAAAUGCA